GCUGUAUUGCAGCCGCCGUGCGGUCGUUCGUUGCGACAGAGGAGGAGAAGUCCUGGCUGGGAUGAGCUCGGAGUCGGAGCCGGGAGUGGUAGAGGCGGAGGCUGCUCACAGCGGAUUGAUAGGCCUGGGCCUGACCGCAGCUCCACUCAUCACCCACUUCAAGGAGGAAGAUGACGAUGACGUCCACAAAUGCGGUCGUUGUCAGGCUGAAUUCACAAGCUUGGAAGAGUUUGUCCACCACAAGAUUCAGAAGAUAUGCCAGAAGUCCCAGGACGGCGGUCUAUCACCCGCCGUAGGAGCGGUGGGCGGCGAGGAGCAGGUGGUUCCAUCCAUGGAAGAUUCAGUAACCGUUUCGCACAUCAUCGUGGAAGCGUCGUCGUUGCCUGAAGACAUCAGCGCUGCCUCGGAUAUAGAUUCUGAGGACAUGAAGCAGAUCCUCACCAGUGAAGACGGGGUGCUUGAGGGUGAGAAGCGGGACCUGGAGCUUGAAGUUGAGUGGCACGAGAGCCAAGAGGACCUCAUCCAGGAAGAAGAAUCUACGGAGAUCCCGCUGGUUACGAUGGUCCUCGAUGAGAAAGGACGAUACAUCUGUCAGUUGUGCGAGAAGACAUUUAAAACGGCCAAUAUUUUGAAAGCUCACAUGAUCACGCAUGGCAAGAAACAAUUUGAAUGCAAUCUGUGUGGGAACUCGUUCAGAACAAAGGGGUCUCUAAUUAGACACACCAGGAGACACACAGGUGAGCGGCCUUACGUCUGCACAAAAUGUGGGAAGGGUUUCCGCGAAUCGGGAGCUUUGACGCGGCACAUGAAGUCAAUCACCCCUUGCACAGAGAAAAUCCGGCACAUGGAAAUGCUUAAAGAAGACGAGUACUCAGAACAACUCGUUACUAUUGAUGACGGCUACAAGAUUUCCGAUGGGUCUUCCCAGUUAAGUGAUGAGGGCUCACCUGUUAUCCGCCUCGUAACCGAUGACAAGGGUAAUAUACUCCACGAAGUUCAUGUCCAGGUGCAAUCCCUCCCAGCAUCCCAGACAGAAGGCACGGUAAUCAUUGACGGGCGUUUCAACUGUCCCCACUGUGGGGAGAACUGUAAGAACGGCAACGGGCUGAAAAUACAUUUAAAGGGACAUGAAGGGUGUAAGCUCUUUCGCUGCGACGUGUGCAGCAGGGAGUUCCUGAAAGCUCACUUGCUCCGGAAGCACAAGGAAUCCCAUUCCAGCGACCGCAAAUACAAGUGUGGAGAAUGCGGGAAAACGUACAAGACCGUCGCGCAUGUGAAGGGUCACAUGAGGGUGCAUUCUGAUGACCGGCCUUAUCCCUGCCCCAAGUGCGGCAAAAGAUACAAAACAAAGAACGCACAGCAAGUCCACUUUCGCACCCACCUAGACGACAAGCCGUACGCCUGCCAUUUCUGCACCAAUAGCUUCCGGGAAAAGGGGUCCUUGGUCCGGCACCUCAGACAUCACACAGGAGAAAAGCCCUUUAAAUGUCACAAGUGCGGCCGGGGGUUCGCAGAACAUGGAACUCUGAAUCGUCAUUUAAGGACCAAAGGGGGGUGUAUGCUGACUUUAAAUACAAGUCUAAAUAAGCUGGAUGCCUCCAGUGCCAACAGCACCAGCUCAGACACGAUGGACAUGGCUGAGGAGCAGCACACGGUUCUAGUCGAGUUCUCUUCGGUUGUUGCCGAUACUCAGGAAUAUAUAAUCGAGGCUACUGAAGAUUUGGAAACUAGUGAAGCGACUGAGCUUAUACAGGAGACGGAGACACACGAGGUGGACAGCCACAUUUUGGAAGUGGUACAGCAGAUAGUUAGCACAGCCAGCCCAGGACAGCAAAUCAUUGUUCAGAACGUGGUGCUGGAUGAGGGCAGUGAUGCCGCCACCGAGGAAGUCUCCACCAUGGACACUCUCACCAUAGCCACGCCAGAAUCCCUUACCGAGCAGGUCGCCAUGACUCUCGCCUCCGCCGUCUGUGAACGUAGCAUUCUAGCGAAGGAUUUACCCAUGGAGGAAAGGGAGGUUGUAACGGAAGACGUGGACAUGGUGGACCAGGAUGAAGAGUUUGUGAUCACGUCCCACGAAGACGAGCUGGAGGUCCAAACCGUUAUUGUGUAGCUUGCGGCGCAUUUCUACACGGGAGAGA